AGAGAUCUCUGCUCUUCGUUGCCAAGUGGAGCAGAUGCUACAGAAAAUCCUGCCUCUGGAAAGGUGCCAGGAAGAGCUGGGUUCAUUGAAGGCAGAACUGGAAGAGAAAAAGGUGUGCUUAGUUCUCUCAAGAUUUUUCGGGAAAGUCAACUGGAAUAUGUUAAAAUUAAAGAAGAAAUAGUAAACAGUGAUGCUGUAAGAAAGAAACUGGAAGCAAAAGUGAAGAAACUUGAAGAGGCUGCAACAAAGCAUACACAGGACUUCAGACAGCUGAAAACUGAAAAGAAAAGGCUGGAAAAGGAGCUGAAGAAGGCACAAGGAAAACUCGAUGGCGUAAUUAAAGAGAAGUGCCGAAAAGUGAAGCAUGCAGAGACCCAGAGUUCAAGUGAAGAUCUUACAACAGAUAUAGACAAAGAAAAAGUGAAGCUCUUGUUAGAAGAACUGUGGAUGUGCAUUGACAGCGCAACAGGAAAAAGAGAGAAUGAGGAAAAUGAUCCUGUCUUGGAUACUGUACAAAUCCACCAAAAGAUCAGGAAGUGUGAUGGCAAAACACUACCUUGGUAUUCUUCACUGGAAAGUGCUGUAAAGCAAAAUUCUGUAACAGCUGUGCAACUUCAAGACAGUACUGAGCCUUUUGGAGAGGAUUAUGUUGAGAAAAGGACUACUGAAGAAUGUCUGCACAGCAGUGAGGAUAAAAUUGUAGAUGUGAUAAUACAGACAGAUGAAGCACACAGCACUUCAGGCUUCUCUGAUCCAGAGCAAAAGGGCCCAGAUGGAAAUGUGAUGGAUAUACUGAAUUGGGCCAGGCCUCUCCCUGCUCUGCUUUCUCCAGUACAGCUUUCACCACUAACUACACAGGAUAUGUUGUUUGGAGAAGUCACAGGUUCCAGCGAUGACGAAGGUGAUUGUAGUGAUUCUGCAGUGGAGGAGGAUAUUUUACAAGAAGACCAAGUUCAACCUCCGAGUUGUAAUGUAAUCAGCUUCAAUGAGGAGUGUAACCAACAGAGCAAAUCAUGUGAGCAUGGUCUUGAUGCAGAAAUCUCACUUCACCUGAGUUGGAAUGAAAAGAACAUUCAUAUCAGUCCAAAGAUGUCAAGCAAGGAGGAGAUCGAUGCUGAAGCUGCUACUUUAAUUACAAACAUGGAAACUAACAAAGAUUGUUUGGAGAAUUCUGAGAAUACGGAAACUGAGAACAGACAACUAACUGAAGCAACAGCACAUGAAUUGGAAGCCAUCAAAGAACAGGAAGGAUAUAGUGAGGACAUUCAUAGUGAAGAGGGAGAUUCUUCAGCUGAUUUUGUAUUACAAAGUUGCAAUCUGCACAAUAUCAUGGAAAAAUGUAGAGAGGUAGAGCAAGCAGAGAAGAAUAUGAUCUUAAUCAAAGCUGUUGAUAAUGAAGGAACACAUGAAAAGCAUAGUGAAUUAAUGAAAGUAGAAAGAGAUGAAUUUUCAGGAGAGAGAGAAACUCCCAGGGAAGUACCUCUUCCACAAAGUGCUAAUCAUUUGCCAUCUGAGCAAUUCAUUGUGCUUCAAAUUGAAGAUUCUAAGGAGAAAUCUGAUGUGCUCAUACCGAAUGAGGUGGUUGAAAAUGAAUCAAAAAAUGUAAUCAAAGUAAGUAAUAUGGAAAGUGAUGUAGCAGAAAUAACACAAGUGGUAACUGAAGAGGAAAUAACAGCUGCGAUACAGAUAAAUGGACUCUCUGCAGAAGCAAACAAUGAGAGCAAGCUCUCUGAAAACGUACUGUGUGACUUCAAGAGUUCAAAAACCUGUGAAGUAGAGUGUUCUAAAGACCCAAACAUAAGGCACGAUGGGGAAGGAAUAAUUAAAGAGACUGAGGCACGCACUGGAGCUACUGAGAUCUCUGAGCACUCUCAGUGCUCUGAAAUAAAACAUGAUAAUAAAGAGAUGCUUGAGAAACAACAUGUGCAAACAAUAAAAGAUGAAGUGGACAGAGAAUCUGAACCAGAGUCUGUUAAAGUCUCUGGGCAUUACUUAUCUGUAUCUGCUACUGAAGGAAUCAAAAAUUCAUUUCCAAAUGAUGAUGAACAGCUCAGAAUUGAAGACAUGAAUAUAACCAGAGAUCCAGCUAUUGAACUAGCUAUUAAAUUUAACAGAGGAAGUGUUCUAGAAAUACCUAAACUGUCAGAGCUACUCCAUAAUUUUGCAGAAGAGAAAGGUGAAAUAAAACAGUCUGAAAACUUGUGUAGUACAUUAGAAUGUGAGCAGUCCAAAACUCAAAACUUUAGACUGAUGGAAUCUCAAGAGACUAAAGUUAAUCCAGAAGGUUUCAGAGAGGAAAGCAGUAAGCUGUUAGCAAGAGGUGAUGCUAUUGAAUCUGUCUUAAUAGAAAGUAAUCUUACUUCUCAGGCACAGUUUGCAAACCCUCUGAGUCAGGUCUUGAUAACUGAAAAUGUUAAAUGUGAUGAAAUAGAAGGGGCAUUAAAUGGACAAAGCAAGGAAUUGGUGCCUGAGACUUGUUCCAGUUCAUUUGACUGGGAAAAGAAUGUUGUGAAGAAGAAUAAUACUUCAGAGAUCAUCUGCCAGCCUACUUCAGAAAUGGAUUUUAAAAGUGGUUUGGCUUUUUCUACUCAAGAGGACUUGGACAAGUGCUUUAUAAAUAAUGAAGAAAUGGAUACUCCUGUGCAAGUGGGAGUUGUUUUGGAAUCCACAGUUCCUCCUGAUUUAAAUUUCAGUCUUGAGAAAGUUGUCAGUUUCAUUGAAACUGAUUUCAUAGAAAAGGCUGCUUUUUCCUGUACAUGGGAAAACAAGGGAGAUACAAAUUGUGCUAGAGGCAGUACAUUUAGCUGUUCUUCAGAAAGCUUGGAAGGGGGUACUGAGAUCCUGCCUGCUGAAACAGACAACACGUGCAAAGAACCAAGCUGCUUUGAGAGGGAAUAUGUAUACAAAAAUGAAGUGAAAAUUCCAGGUGAGGAGCAGCCAGUAGAUAAAGAACCUCAGGCAUGUGUUGAAUCACAGAUCAUGGAUGAAAACUCUUAUAAGAAGGAUGCUUUUCUCCUCCAAAAGUCUGAUUGUCAAGAAUCAGGAUGCAGGACUUCUAUAUGGGAGGCUGGAAUAGAUCCUUCUAGAAGUGGUUCACUAUCAGAUGGGGGAGAAGGCAAAGUACUGAAUAGUUUUGAAGGAUCUUCAAAAAAUGCCAUCAAAAGGUCUAAAAAUGAUUUUGAUAUAUCAGAGCAGAGCAAUGACUCUGAAGAGAAAGAUUGUUCUAUACAAAGAGCUGGGUGUGUGAAAUGUUCUGAAUGUUUUCCCAUGUUCAGAAAGGAACUGGGAGCUUCCAGGAGAAUUGCAGGGGGUGCUCUGGAAACUGGUGCAGUUGUUGAUGCUGAUUGUCAAGUAUGUGAACUUCAUUCAAUGAUGCACCCAGGAAAUCCUACUAUAGUUAGUCAUCUAAAAGCAGGCUCUGUGGUGGAUAUGGAUACACACUGUGAAACAAACAUCUCUGCAGGUGCUGCAAAUGAGGGGUCAAGUGUGGCUGGGGAUGGUUAUGACUUAGCCUCUUGCAAAAGGGAGUGUAUAUUAGUAACCUCUGAAAAUACUGAGAGUGCUAAUGAACUCAUGGUAGAUUCUAACAUAGCUGGAUGCAUCAAUGGCAGUGAGGAAAGUCUGUUAAAAACUGGGACCUCAAAAGAAGGCUCUGUGAUGCCAGAUGCUUCAGAAAAUAGAUUACCACUAUGCAAGAUGCUAACCACAUUCUCAGAAAAUUGCAGGCUGGCUGUAAAAAAUGGUAAAUUAAAUACGGGAGUGUUAGCCCUUGGCAAUUUAUUAGAAGAAAAUGAUUCUGAAAAACUUGAGUCAAAUGUGGAAUUACACAGUGUUGCUAUGGGGGUUUCAGUGUUAGAAGAAAAUAAUAAUAAUCAAACUCACAACACAGGAGAAAACAAUACUGAUGUUAUCAUAGAUAGUAGUAGUAGAAAACAGGUUUUCAUCAAGGAUCUUACAAAUCCAGCCCUAUCUGAUGUAAGCUGCAAUUGUGAGACACUUAGCCAGCCCUCUGAGCCACAAAAGACAGUAUUUGAGAAGUUAGAUAUGUUGGAGUCUGAGUCUUGUGCUCUCAAAAAGAGCAAUAAAUUGAAGUGCAGAGAGCAAGAACCAGCUGAAAUCUUGACUGUUUCUACCAAGACAGCUGCCCAAGUAAUGCAUGCCAAGCUAUCAAAGAGACUGUUUCAAGGUAAAAGAAAAGCAAAGACUUUCAAAGCAACUCAGCCAGUUCUUGCAAAUGCUGAUACUUCUAUGCAAACACAAUGCUCAUCUGAGACGAUAAAUAAAAUUAGGCAAGAGAUAGGCCCUCCUCUGCCCCCCUUGCUACUGCCUUUGAUUGCUACUCCUUCAAAAACUGCCUGUACAUUGUCCCCAGUAAUGUCUUCUCCAGGUCAAUCCUCUUUGCUUUCCCCCCUUGAUGACCUGAUAUCCCCACUACGCAAAACUCCUAUUCCUCCUCUCGUGUCUCCAUUAACAGAUACUCCAACAGGAAAAUCUGCUCUUUUAUUUUCUCCUCCCUCACCCUCAGAAAUGGCAGGAGGCAGAAGGAAUCGCUCCUCACCUUUGAAAUUUUGUACUUCCAUUCCAAAGCAUGCGCUUCCUGUUCCAGGAAGAUUUCCUCUCUUAGCAGCCAAUAGUGCUGGUCCAGGAGCUCCUCAGGAGAACUCUGUGAAAAUAUUGGACACUAUGUAUCCAGAGCUGUCUGCAAGGGCAAGGACACUAAACAUUCUGAAAGGCAAUAUUCAGCUUAACCGAUGUGCUUUUUCAGACAGCCAAAGUUUGCCAGGACCUGUGUGUCAAAUAGGUGGAUUCAAAGCAAUUGCAUCUACAUCAACUGCUUUUGUUAAAACUGGGAGCAGUUUUAAAUCUGAUAGUAGCAAAGAUGAAGACAAAGAUGUGCAAAAUCAGCAAUUGUUACCAAGUUCAUCAAAACAUUUUGAAAAAAGGACACUAUUGCAGGUAUCUAUGCCAAGAAGUGCCAAGAGACUGAGGUUGGACAGUGAACCACCAAAGCUGGAGCCAAAUGAUAUUGCUGCUAUCAAAAAUACUAAAAAUACGAUCUCUGAAAUGCAGGAGGCUUUCCAUGAUCAAAGCUGUGAAAUCAGUGAUUCAUCACAUGGUUCCAGUUCAGAAGCGUCGCUACCAGUAAAGAAGGUUAUUGAUCCUGACUGCAAGAAAAUUUCUUUGGCAUUAAAGAAAAUUGCUGGAUCCUGUUUUGACUUGUUGCCGGUUAUUAAAGGUCACGUGUAUGUUGGCAAUAUUUCAAAGAUUCCAGUAAUGAGAGAUGAAGAGAAAGAAGUUGUCUAUGAAUUUGGUAUAAAAAACAAGCAUUUAGCAGAUUCCUUGCUGCAUGUUAUUCUCAGUAAGCUCAAGACUCAGAAGAAUGCCACAAAUUACAAUUUCAAUCAGGCUCUGUGCCGAGUCUAUGCAGGAAUUUGUCGACAGCUGGGAGAUUUGGAAAGAGCUCGACUCUUCUGCUAUAGCCUGCUUAAAGAAGACUUCCCAGACUCUGAAAAAUUGGUUCUAUUUAUCACAAAUGUAUGGCCUGACAUAUUUGUCUUCCAAGGUGCAAUUAACAAAGCUAUGCAAUUAGUUGUCAGGCAGAGUGCCAGCAAUGAGAUACUGCCCUGUUUGAGUGCUUACAUCAACUGGGAACAGAGUUCUUCUUUAGAUGCUGGCAUUAUGGUAUCCAACCUGCUUUUAGAAAUGCAGUCAUGUACUAAAGUAGAAUUUCAACUCAGUGAGGAAUAUGGAGAGGAUCUGAGUGAAGAUGCUUGGCAGUACAUAUUUGCCAUCGAUCUACUCUGCUCUCACCUGAAGUGGGAUUGGACACAUGACAAUGUUAUAAGCAAAGUGCUUUGGCCUUCUAUGGAUAAUUGGGUGAAGAAAAGAAAGGGGCAUGAAACUGCUCAGUCUGUUCCUGAUAGUGUUGUAGCGUUGACACUCAGGCUAAUUGGUCGAUUGGGCCAAAUAGGUUUGAAGGAAGGAUAUGUUGCUGCAGUGAAGAAUAUUAGUUCUGUAGUUGGACUCUUUGUACAGCAUGCAAAAGAGGAAGGUGUUCCCUGGGGUGUGCAGCUGGCAGCCAUAUAUUCACUAUGUGACUUGGGUUCAAGCAAUCCAGAGGGUAUUAUUGAGGCCAUCCAUGCAUGGAGAGCAACAGUUUCUAACAACAUCCCAUCUGCUGUCACAAGUGGCAUAGCUGAAGUCACUUCUCUAUGUGAAAUGCAGCUGAACUAAAAUCUAAGGAAGUGGACUAAUUGGAAGGAAGAAGUGCCUUACCAACUAAGCAGUAGUUGGUUCCAGUCAAAACCAGUACAAAGUGGU